UUCCCUGCUUCGGUAGCACGUCGUGCUCAGUUCCCUAGAAGAUCGUUGAAGGAGUUACGAAUUGACGUCGGCAAAAAUCUGGAGCCGCUAGUACAUCGAGCAAAACAGGGCCUUGAACGGAUCACCGAAGAUCCGUCAUCACCGGCUUCAGGUGAUGAGAAGCCAGUUGCACCGCCCAGAACUCUUCGUGCUCGUGUGAAGGAUGCUGCACCCGGGUCGACGGCUGCACAACGAGCCAAUUCUCCAGCUUCGGUGGCAUCUGAUCCGCCCAUGAGCGAACGAAGUGUAGCAGAACGUAUCGAACAAACCCUACAUGCUCACUACUACACUAUCGCUUACACGCUUGUCAUCGUCGCUUACCUUAUCGGAUUCGGAGAGUAUCUAUACUUUCGGCUUGUCUCAAUUCUAAUACCGGAACGAACUUUCUAUCAUCCAAGUUGUCAAGAGAAGCAAGAUCGUCGAGUCGGCAAAGAUGGUUUCCACUAUGGCGUCUCCAUCGGUGCAUUCAUCGCCAUCGCACUUUUCCAGUUAUUCUGUUUCUUUGCGCUCACCAUUUCGGAGAAUUGGACCGUUUGCAAAACAGAGUACAAUCCACUAAAUCAGAUUGUAAAAAUGCAGCAUGAUCUAGCAGCCCAUAUAAGGAAAACUGUCAGCCAAUCAAUGUAUCGAACAUUUUUAUGCUACGGUAUAUGCUCGUUCAUCAACUGUGGCAUAAUCUUCUAUAUGGUAGCCAUCCAGGAUUCGUUGGGAGAUACUGUAAGCAAUGUUCUGAUGUAUGUUUUUGAUGGUGUGGUUAUACUGUAUUUCCUCGCAUUUCCACUUACCACCGUGAUCUACCAUCCCCAUGUACACUGCUUCCAAAGGUCUGCUGGACGUCUGAUGGCUCUAAAUAUCCUCAACAACUUCGAUCGACUUAUAUGGGCUUAA